AUGGAUUCCCUCAAAACCCUGCUUAAGGGAAUGACCCUCUCUACGACUCGCAGUGCUCCAGAGCCUCCCAACCCCAAUCGACCCACCGGUCUCCUGGAUCUACCCCCCGAGCUAAUCGACAUGAUAGCGUCCUACCUGGAAACGGACUGGAUCGGAGAUUUUGAGUUGGAGCAAUUCCACGAAGUAUGCCGGUACAUCUACCAAGCUACCUUCUAUCAGUUCUGCCGCCGCAAGUUCGAAACAAUCCGCGUCGACUUCUCCGUCGCCUCGUGGCGGCACAUCAACAGGAUCAUCAACCGCCCCGACAUCGCCCCCCACGUCAAGGCCCUGAACAUCUACACGUCACGCAACUCCAACUCGCCUCUGUGCUUCGGCGGCGGCGUUGAGUGGCCCCGUUCCCGCGGUGGACGCCUAAAUACCAAAAGCAAAGCGGUUACCCGCUGGCACGAUGCGUUCGCAAAACUGCCGAACCUUUCCUCGUUCACCAUCAGGCGCCCGUUCAACGACUUCUCUCCCGACGAGACGGACGCCGAGUCCGAUGAUGACGAGUACGGCCCGCUCACCCUUACCGACCUGCAUGUGCUCAUGAUGAGCGUGUUUGCCACCGGGCGCGUAAAGGUCGAGGCGUACAAGCUCGCCUGGCACCAGAUCGGGGGAGUCGGGUUUCGCACAUUGCGGUCGUUGGAGAUGAAGUACAUCGACACAGCCAGCAGUUCCAGCCAUCUCCGACACCCGUCGUUCAUUCAGGCCUGGGCCAACAUUCGAUCCUUCAGCUACGACGCUGCCAUUGCUUCAACCGCCGAGGCUGCAUACCUGAUCCAGCUGCUGAAGCUCGCUCCGAACCUCGAGUCGUUGUACUUCAACUUUGACCGCGAUGAAGAAUACGCACCGGCAGUGAUUGACAGCUUAGCAGAUGAGUCUGAGGAAGGGUUCGGGUUCCGGCUGAAAUCGCUCAAGUUCAAAAACACGGGUUUCCACAGCCCGAGCGUUCUUCCCGCGAUCCUACGGCGCCACCGCUUGAGCCUCGAGCGCUUGGUCUUGGAGGAAAUCUCCUUCGAGGGGGACGGUAUAACGCGUCUGCUUGCUGUCUCCAAAGAGUUUGAGAAAGCUGGACUGCCUGCGCUCACCUACUUCUUCUUCAACGCGAUCCGUGACAAGGGCGGAGACAAUAUCCAAGGCCCGUAUAGAGGCCUUAUUGUUCCGAAAUACGGGAAGAAGACAGUUAAGAAGAUGGACAAGGAGACCCCGGGAGACUUCUGUUACUUUCUCAAUGGCUUUUUGUUUCCAGGUACGUCGUAUCUGCGGUAUGAGGGUCCUCAGGCGAACUUCGUACUCCGGCAGCUGCGCCACAUUGCAGGCUACAGUUUGCGACGGUGGUAG